AUGAAUCUUAUGCUUGAACUGCCCACUUUGGCCAGCGAGUUCUCAAAGAGUAUUCGAGCCCUUAGUGCCAACAAGCACACGGUGAAGAAAAACAUUCUUAAAAAAGUAAGUGGAGUCUUUAAGCCAGGUACCAUCACACUCGUGCUUGGUCAGCCUGGAUCCGGUAAGUCCUCGCUUAUGAAAUUGCUGAGUGGCAGAUUUUCAGACCAGAAAAACAUCACUAUUGAAGGUGAAGUAACGUACAACGGCACACCAGCCGCUGAGUUGCUUCGUCGGCUGCCACAAUUUGUUUCGUACGUCACUCAAAGAGAUAAACAUUAUCCAUCACUGACGGUUAAAGAAACACUAGAAUUUGCACACGCUUGUUGUGGUGGAGGUUUCUCAGAACGCGAUGCUCAGCAUUAUGUCAAUGGUACGCCUGAAGAGAAUCAAGCUGCUCUUGAAGCUGCCAGAGCCAUGUUCAAGCAUUAUCCAGAUAUCGUUAUCCAACAGUUAGGAUUAGAAAAUUGUCAGAAUACCAUUGUCGGUGACGCCAUGAUCCGUGGUGUUUCUGGAGGCGAGAGGAAGCGCGUGACGAUUGGCGAAAUGGAGUUUGGCAACAAAUACAUUAUGAUGAUGGAUGAGAUCAGCACGGGGCUUGACAGUGCUGCUACUUAUGACAUUAUCUUUACACUGCGCAGUAUCGCCAAGAGGUUUCGCAAGACAGUCGUGAUCUCGUUGUUACAGCCAUCACCCGAGGUGUUUGAAAUGUUUGAUGAUAUUGUUCUUCUUAAUGAUGGUCAUAUCAUGUACCAUGGCCCACGAGCUGAGGCAUUGACGUAUUUUGAGAGCUUAGGUUUUCAGUGCCCUCCUCGUAGAGACGUGGCUGAUUUCCUCCUAGAUCUAGGAACUGAUAAUCAAGCGCAGUAUGAGGUUAACUCGAUGACGUGCAACCAGAUACCUAAAAAGGCUAGCCAAUAUGCGGAUAUCUUCACUCGCUCGCAACUGUAUAAACGUAUGAUGGACGAACUUCAAGGCCCAGUCUCUGAAUAUUUAAUCGAAGACAAGGUCAAGCACAUUGAUCCGAUCCCCGAAUUUCACCUUAACUUUUGGAAUAGCACUAUUGGCGUAGUGCGACGUCAGAUCAUUUUGACUAAGCGUAACACGGCGUUUCUAAUCGGUCGAUCGGUCAUGGUGAUCCUAUUAGGUUUGCUAUACGGAAGUGUAUAUUUCCAGUUUGAUGAAACGAGAGCGCAACUUGUAAUGGGUCUCAUCUUUAACGCUGUUAUGUUCGUAUCACUUGGACAACAGGCGCAAAUUCCAGUAUACAUAGCUGCUCGCGACGUAUUUUAUAAACAGCGCAAGUCCAACUACUUUCGAACAUCGUCGUUUGUACUUGCCAAUUCAGUGAGUCAAAUUCCAUUGGGGUUUGCUGAGUGUUUGGUAUUCGGGUCCAUAUUGUACUGGAUGUGUGGAUACGUGGCUACCGCAGAGGCUUAUCUCUUAUUUGAGCUGAUGCUUUUCAUGACGAACUUGGCGAUGGCGGCCUGGUUUUUCUUCUUAUCAUGCGCCUCACCCGACUUAAACGUUGCCAGUCCAAUUUCAAUGGUUUCUAUCCUCUUUUUCAUCCUCUUUGCUGGCUUUGUCAUCACCAAAGAUCAAAUUCCUGACUACCUUAUUUGGAUCUAUUGGAUCAAUCCCAUGGCAUGGAGUGUCCGAGCCCUUUGUGUGAAUCAAUACACCGACUCUAGUUUUGAUACGUGUAUAUACGAUGGUGAGAAUUAUUGCACGAACUACAAUUUAACAAUGGGUGAGUACUCGUUGUCGACGUUUGAGGUGCCGACAGAAAAAUUCUGGCUGUGGUACGGUAUGAUAUUUAUGGGGGUGGCUUAUGUGUUUUUCAUGGUCAUGUCAUUCGUUGUUCUCGAGUACCAUCGCUAUGAAACUCCAGAGAACGUGGCACUUGAUAGUGAAGAGAAGAAAGAAACAUCUGAUAUUUAUGAGCUUGUUCUCACCCCACGUAGCAUGCCGAAUGAAAGGGAUGUUAUGGUUUCGAUCAACUGUGAAAGCAAAAAACUGUUUAUUCCAGUCACACUUGCGUUUAAAGAUCUUUGGUACUCUGUUCCUGACCCGUCUCAGCCUAAAAGUACCAUCGACUUGCUCAAGGGCAUUAGUGGAUAUGCUCUACCUGGAACUAUCACGGCACUUAUGGGAUCUUCAGGCGCCGGCAAGACCACGCUCUUGGACGUCAUUGCUGGACGCAAGACAGGAGGAAAAGUGAAGGGUCAAAUUCUACUGAACGGAUACCCUGCCACUGAUCUUGCCAUUCGUCGUUCCACAGGGUAUUGCGAGCAAAUGGAUAUUCACUCUGAAUCUGCUACCUUUCGCGAGGCGCUCACGUUUAGUGCAUUUUUGCGCCAAGAAGCCGACGUACCUGACACGUAUAAGUAUGACUCGGUAAAUGAAUGUCUUGACCUUUUGGAUUUGCAUCCUAUUGCUGACCAGAUCAUUCGUGGGAGCUCUGUGGAGCAAAUGAAGCGAUUAACCAUCGGCGUAGAAUUGGCCGCUCAACCAAGUGUUUUGUUUUUGGAUGAACCUACAAGUGGUCUAGACGCUCGCUCUGCGAAACUUAUCAUGGAUGGAGUUCGCAAGGUGGCAAACACGGGUCGCACAGUCAUAUGCACAAUCCAUCAGCCAUCUUCGGAAGUAUUUAGCGUUUUUGACUGUCUGCUGUUGCUUAAGCGUGGUGGUGAAACAGUGUUUUCGGGGGAAUUGGGCGAAAAUGCAUGCGCGAUGAUCGCAUACUUUGAAUCAAUUGAUAGUGUCGCAAAAUUACCGGAAAACUACAAUCCCGCAACGUGGAUGCUAGAAGUGAUUGGUGCCGGUGUGGGCAGUAACAACGGUGACGAGACUGAUUUCGUGAAGAUCUUCCAGUCAAGCGAGAAUGCUAAUACCUUGCAAUCAAAUUUGAUUCGUGAGGGUGUGGCGAGUCCAUUCCCCGACGUUGCUGAGCUAACCUACCGUGGCAAACGCGCGGCGACGGAAUUCACUCAAGCGAAAUAUCUGCUUCAGCGUUUUUUUCGAAUGUACUGGCGUACAGCGUCUUAUAACUUGACGCGAUUUUAUCUUAGUGUUAUUCUUGGACUUGUGUUUGGAUUAACUUAUAUAAAUGCAGAAUACACUUCAUACGCCGGCAUCAACUCUGGCAUGGGGAUGGUAUUCAGUACAACGGCAUUUAUUGGCUUCAUUGCAUUUAGUAGUGUCAUACCAAUUGCAUCAAAAGAUCGUAUCGCAUUCUAUCGCGAGCGCGCAUCUCAAACAUACAGCGCUCUCUGGUAUUUUGUUGCAGCGACUGUGGUCGAGAUCCCGUAUGUUUUUAGUGGCACUUUGCUAUUUAUGAUUCCGUACUACCCUAUGGUUGGCUUCACGGGUGUGUCGACAUUUUUUGCUUAUUGGUAUCACUUGUCAAUGUUCGCAUUAUGGCAAACAUAUUUUGGUCAGUUCAUGUCGUAUCUCUUACCAACUAUCGAAGUUGCGACAAUCUUUGGUGUGCUUCUUCAAAUGAUUUUCUUUAUUUUCACCGGUUUCAAUCCACCUGGAAAUUCGAUCCCAUCAGGUUAUAAAUGGCUUUACCAUAUUACACCGCACAAAUAUGCGUUGGCUUUAUCCGCAUCCUUGGUUUUCGGAGAUUGUCCAAGCGGUGGUGAUGACUCGGAAAUUGGGUGUCAAGUCAUGACUGGGUUGCCACCGUUUCUAUCCAAUGAUUUGACAGUCAAAGACUACAUGGAAGAUAUUUUUCUGAUAAAGUACAGCGAGAUCUGGAAAAACUUUGGGAUUAUCUGGACCUUUGUUGUGGUAUUUCGCCUCUUUGCUCUACUGACGCUGCGAUAUGUUAACAGUCAGAAGAAGUAG